UUUUUUCUUCUUUUUUUUCCAUCUUUUUUCUUCUUAUUCUAACUUUAAACAUGGAAUCAACCAAAGAUAUUUUGCUUGAUACGCCAUUCAGAUAUCCAUGCAAUAUCUAUAAAGAAAGUGCGAUUCCAAUCUUAAAAGACCAUCAUGUGUCUGAUCAAUGCAAAGAAAUUGGAAGGCAUUUACUCAACAUGACAAAGAACCCUCUUAGUCAACAUGUUGACGUUUUGAUACCUAAAUCGGAUAAAAGUAUAAAACCUCAACUGGAGCAUUUCAAAUCAUUUUUCGGUCAUAAAUACACAACAACAGAGAAAUCAAACAAAGCUAGUAAUAAACAAGUAUCUAUGCAAAAGAAAUCUGUCAUAUCCAAAAACGCCUACUUAUUUGAAUCAGCUGUUACUAAACCUAUCAAAGAAUUCAUUGACACCGAACAGUCCUAUGUUGAAUUACUUGAAGAGAUUGUGUUCAAAGUGAUGAAGCCAAUUAAAGAAUCAAUCGCUAAUGAGCACAAGACGCCUAUUCUUGAUCAAUACUCUUUCAACCGAAUCUUUAUUAAUAUGGAAGAUAUUUUGGAAGUCAAUAAAUCAUUGUUGGAUUCACUACACCAAUAUCAACAAGGAAUCACCACUGAAUCCUUUGGACAAAUCUUGUUGAAACAUGUCAAAGCCUUUGAUUGUUAUCGAGUCUUUUUUUUGGGGAAGACAAACUCAUUGUCAUGCCAUACACAAAACAUCAAACAAAAUAAAAACUACAGCAAAUUUCUCCUCAACACGGAAAUCAAAGGUAACCUCGGAAUGAGUGACAUCCUGAUCUCACCCAUUCAACGCAUGGCCAGAUACAAGUUGUUAGUUGGAGUGAUUACAAGUGCAUUAGACCCAAAUGAUAUUGAGAUUGAAUAUUUAAAACAAGUGGAAGAUAAAGUUUCUAAUAUUAAUGACAUGCAAUAUGGCGACUCUUCCUUGUUAAAUUUGUACCACCUUAUUCGUGAGGCUCCAGCUUCUUUGAUCCAAACACGUCAAUUGCUUGGUUACUUUGAUGCAACCGAACUCUCGUUAUUGUCGGGAAAGUCAAAUCGGCCCGUGACUAUUUUGGUUUUCACAGAUAAAUUAAUGGUUGUCAAACGCAAAAAUUACAAUUUACAAGGAAAAGAUGUACUCCAUAAGAUUGAAGAGAAAGUUAAAAACACAACCACAACAUCCAUGCUACAGAAAGCAAAAGAGGCCUAUACAGGCUUGCCACUCGAGUUUAAAGGAUGGGUUGACAUCAAGGCUGUUGAAAUGUUCCAUGGCUUAAAAGAUCGUCCUGAUACUUUUUUCUUGAGAACGACCUUGCCUGAAUUGGAUCCAAAUGCAACAGAAAAAGAAACCGAAGACUACUUUAGAAGAAGUGACCGUCUUUAUUCGAUUAUACCCAACACAACCACUACUAAACAUCAAAGCCUGGCUUGCUUUAUUGAAAAAAAGAAUGAAUUUAUUGCCUUGUGCCAAAAGCAGUUUGCUGUAGCCAAACUCAAAGAUACAACAAAUGAAUUAUAUUAUGAGGAUAAAUUUAAGUUACCUGCCUACACGCACUUUUAUGAUGAAGAAUCAUACCAUCAGAUGGAGCACAAGAACCAUAUCUUGGUUGUUUAUGUGGAUUAUUCAUCGACAAUGAUUGAUUUGAACAAGUUGAUAACUGACGAUGUCUGGAUUGUCAUCCUUCUUACUCGUCAUAAAUCUGGAGGCUAUAAACCUACUAUUCGGGCAAGAACAAGUUUAAUUCCUAUUCGCGAGAUCAAUCGUGACAUGGAGUACGAGCAUAUUGUGAAUGACCAGUGUCAAAAAGACAGCAAUAUGCCCUUGGACUUUAUUGACACUUUAUGGAAUAACCUCUUUUUUUAUGAGCGCCGACUUCGAGCUACUGAAGCAUUCUCUUGUGUGAAUGAUGACUUGCUCCGAGCAAGAGCGAGAUCUCGCUCUAGAUCUAAAUCACUUACCAGAGUCGCUAGUAACAUGAGUAUCGGCAAACUGUUUGCUAGAUCCAGAUCUUCUUCCCCAUCAAGACACUCUGCCUUGGACCAACAAGAAGAUGACAUUCUUGAUCAAGCAACACAUGUACCUGAUCCUGUUUUCAAGGUGGCAACUAUAAACAAACAAUUGGAGGAAGAGUUCCGAAGUCAAAACAUGGCGGAUAUGCGUGGUCCCAAGUCGUCAAGAAUCAGUACACAGCCUCAUACAAGAGGAGGCUCUCUGCCUUCUGAAAUCUUUGUGCGCGACGAUAUUCAGUUCAUUGAUGCAUUUAAUGAAAAGAAAACCACGCCAGAAGAAAUGCUCUAUAGCGGUAGUAACAUAUACCAAGACAACUCAUUCAAUCGACCGAAUCCCUAUCCAUCUACAAGUACGUCCACAAGUAGCAGUGGAAGAAGAAGAGGUUCAAUCCAUGGCUUGUUCACAGAUGUACAUCAUUUCCCUCACUAUUAUCGUCACUCAUCCUCGCCUGAAAGUAUAUCUAGACCUUCUAGUGGUGGUAGUUGCUCUUCUUCAAGCGAGACAACACCUUCUUCUGAUCCUGUACAUUUUAUUCGUCCUAUGAAUGAUGCCAUGGGUAGUUAUAGCAGUUCGAGUAGUCGAAGCUACUUUGAUGAUCAUGUCAAGACUAUGGACUUUUUCCUACCUUCUCCUCAUCGAGAAAAAUACUAUGGGUCACCUAAAAGUAAUAGCCCAAGUUCUUGCGAUGAGAGACUGAUGUGUACCAUUGAUGGCUCAAGAAGAUCGAAUUAUAAUCGAAGAGCUCCACUGCCUCCUAAUUUUUAUAACCAACCUCAGGCACCUAUGCAACCCACACCAUCACGCCAACCUGGUCUAGCUCACCGUCCCCACACUGUUCCAGCAGUAAACGACUUUGUUCAACUAAAGCAUGAUGUAAAUGGGAUGAUUGAUGAACUUAUACAGUCUCAUCAACAAAUGAGACUGCAAGAUCCACACCAAUACUACAACAGUACUUAUGAAACUGUAAAAGGUGUACGCUCUCAUAUUGUGUCUAAAUUGGAUGAGAUUAUGGAUGAUUUGAAUCAUACAGAGCAGUACCAAUAUGAACUUCGCUAAGCAUCAGAAGAUCCCCUUUAUAUACCCCUUUUCUAUCAUAACUUAUGCUCACAUUCCUUUUUCUUCAUGCCUUUUUUUUAUUGUACAUACUAAACUCUA